UUUGUUUACAUUUUAAUAACAAGUGCGUCAUAGGAGCUCGCAAUGUGUAUAAGGAAGAUGUACGUUUGUGUUAAACUGUAAACCUAUUGUCAUAGGUAAUAAUAAGAUGUUAUUUUAUCCUAGAACAUUUUAGUUAAAUCAUUUGUUUGUUACUAGUCGCUUUAAAUGAAUUAAUUUUCAAUGUGAAUCUGUCAUUCUCACUAAUUAUCCUGCUGACAGACACGUAGACACAUCAAAAUGGAGUGUAAAAAUAUAAGUUCCAAAAUAAUUAUAUUGUCAAUAGUUGUGACUGUUUUGUGUAUUGUUCGACCGACAAUCGGUAUUGAUAUACCAGAAAAAAAUCGUUCAAAAAUAAAAGUGAAUAAGUGUUGUCCUUUAAACGAACAUGUAGGAAAUGGUAAGCAGUGUAAAUUAAGUGAGAAAACGCCUAGUUUGCUUGAGAUUCCGGUAUAUAUUGAUGAGAAACUUAAGCAGUCGGAGAAGCCGUUCAAAGAUCUGUUUGAGCUGGCUCCUAAUAGAUUUAUAAUGAACAAUUUCCAAAGUGACGCUUUCAGACCCUUUCUGUUUGGUUACAAGGGAUAUCUAGUGGUGGACGGUACACUUCUAGUAGAUGCUCCCAACAGACACAAUCGUUGGAUAAAAAUACGUCCAGGCAACUACUGUGUAGACUUCUUCCAUGGAACAAAUUCUACUGAGUUCACACUGGAUUUUUGGGUGCUGUUUCCUGCCAAAACAAAAUCAGAAACCAACUUUUUAUUGACUAUAGCGACGCUGAUGUCCUGCUUCUUUAUGCUACUGUUCCUCAUAGUCUACUUCUUCCUACCUGAACUCCGAGAUGAGAAAGGUUACAUUCAAAUGGCGUAUGUUGCCAGCCAGCUAAUGGCGUUCCUGCUCCUAUCUAUGAUACAAAUUUCUGGAUUAUCUGUGGCAGAAUGUGUUGGAUUAACUCUGGGCACCUACUUCUUCUUCUUGACAACUUUCUGUUGGAUAAAUGUACUGUCUUUCGAUAUCUGGUGGCAUUUCAGAAACCUCGCAAAGAACCGCCAGUCUCGUCGAAGGAAAUCAUUUAAGUUUACAUUUUACUGCUUAUAUGCUUUGGGGCUACCAUUACUGAUGACGUUCGCACUGGGUAUGCUCAACUGGUACAGGGAGAGUAUGAAACGGUAUCCAUGGAUCGUAAUACCACAUAUACCUGAAGACGGUUGCUUUCUCCGAGAUUCAGUGAAAAUGCUCUACCUAUACACACCUAUGAUGAUAAUAAUCAUUAUCAAUUGGACAUUCUACGUGAUAACUGUGUUCAACAUUUGGCGAUGGAAGAGAGGCACUCAAGUAUUUAAUGGAGUCAAUGAACUAAGUCAUCGUACUGAUUUCAGAAGUUUCAUUAUCUACAUAAAGCUGUCAGUUGUUAUGGGUCUAAAUUGGCUCUUGGAGAUAAUAAGUUUCAAUUACCCUAACAAUAAGUGGUACUACAUUACUGAUGUAUUCAACAUACUAACGGGACUGACGAUAUUUAUCAUAUUUAUAUGCAAGAAGGAUGUCUGGAUUAAACUACGGAAAAGAUGCAAUGAAUUGAGAACACGAUACAAAAGGGGAGGAUCCUCGAAUUCACAAAAUGUUAGACUUUCCAGACAACAACCAGCUAAUUCUGCCUAUGAAGCUGUCAAUCUAAAACCAUAAUUUUAACAAUACAUACUUCCGAUAAGAAGUUAGCAAAUAUCUGCAUGUAGAUCUAUAUCACUACCCGCCUUAAUAUUCAAAAAUGGUGACAAAGGCGAUUGAGAAAGUCGUUUUGUUCACUGCUAAGCAAAGCCUCUUCUCACGCAAAGAGGGUUUAAGCAUUAAUCUCCACGCUUGCUCAAUAUAGG